AGUUCAACCUGCAAUACCACCACGUGCAGUUCCUGUUUUAGCUCCGCCGGUGGUCCAAGAACUUCGCACCCAGUUACCGACCGCUGGUGCGGAUCUCGAAGAUCUUAUUCAUCUGCAGGGCCCGCUUACCGAGGAUGCAGUAAUGAAAUGCCUUCAGGCGAGGUUCGCCGCUUCCAAUUUCUAUACGAACGUUGGGCCGAUCUUGCUGUGCGUCAACGCUUACCGAGACGUCGGCAAUUCCCUCACGUUGAACAGUACCAGGAGCUUGCCUUUAAGUCCCCAACUCAACAAAGUGGUUCAGGAAGCUGUACGUCAACAGUCGGAAACGGGUUACCCGCAAGCUAUUAUCCUUUCAGGUACGAGCGGUUCGGGCAAGAGCCAUGCCUCUAUGUUAUUAUUGCGACAACUUUUUGCCGUGGCCGGCGGUGGACCCGAGACCGAUGCCUUUAAGCACUUAGCCGCCGCGUUUACCGUCCUAAGAUCUUUGGGAUCGGCUAAGACGGCAACGAAUUCCGAAUCGAGCAGAAUAGGCCAAUUUAUCGAGGUGCAAGUGACCGAUGGCGCACUUUAUCGUACUAAAAUUCACUGUUACUUCCUAGAUCAGACGCGAGUCAUCAGACCGCUUCCAGGCGAGAAGAACUACCACAUAUUUUACCAAAUACUUGCCGGAUUAUCGAGCGAAGAACGUGCGAAGUUAAAUCUCGAAGGUUGUUCGCCGUCUACGUUGAGAUAUUUACAACACGGCGAUACAAGACAGGAUGUGACCGAAGAUUCUUUAAGGUUCCAGGCGUGGAAGACGUGCCUGGGGGUUUUGGGAAUUCCUUUUCUGGACGUGGUCAGAGUGCUGGCGGCGGUGCUGCUUUUGGGGAACGUGCAAUUUAUUGAUGGGAACGGUUUGGAGGUCGACGUGAAGGGCGAAACGGAAUUGAAUGCGGUCGCCGGUUUGCUUGGAGUUUCCGGUGCGGCGCUAUUCAGGGGACUCACCACCCGUACGCACAACGCGCGAGGGCAACUUGUCAAAUCGGUCUGUGACGCGAAUAUGUCGAAUAUGACCCGAGACUGUUUGGCCAAGGCGCUUUACUGUCGGACGGUGGCGACAAUUGUUAGAAGAGCGAAUAGUCUGAAGCGGCUAGGUUCCACCCUAGGCACUUUAAGUUCGGAUUCCAACGAGUCCGUUCACAACCAGGCCGAGAUUGCAAGUCAGCACGCUUCGACAAUAGGGGGUGGAACCAACGCCGGCAGCAAGUCUAUGGCAGCGUUAAACAAUGCGGUCAAACACGCUACGGAUGGAUUUAUUGGAAUUUUAGAUAUGUUCGGAUUCGAAGAUCCGAAACCGAGCCAGUUGGAGCAUUUAUGCAUUAAUUUAUGCGCGGAAACAAUGCAGCACUUUUACAAUACCCACAUUUUCAAAUCGAGCAUAGAAUCUUGUCGUGACGAAGGCAUUAAUUGCGAAGUCGAGGUGGAUUACGUCGAUAACGUACCGUGCAUCGAUUUAAUAUCGUCGCUUAGAACGGGAUUGUUGAGUAUGCUGGACGUCGAAUGCUCAAUAAGAGGCACGGCCGAAUCGUACGUAUCGAAAAUGAAAAUACAGCACAAGCACAACUCUCGUCUCUUCGACCCUAAAUCCCUAGAAUCGCGUUUAUUUGGAAUACAACACUUCGCCGGUCGUGUUAUUUACGACGCCAGCGGGUUUCUCGACACUAACAAAGAUGUUGUUCCAGAUGACCUCGUUGCCGUCUUCUAUAAGCAUAACUGUAACUUCGGUUUUGCAACUCAUUUAUUUGGAAGCGAACUCAAAGCUCUUUAUUCUAUUGAAAAUGUCCCCCGCGGCAUUAGUUUUAGAAUAUCACCAACCUCACACACGGAUUUACUCAACGGCGACGAACCGGUCUCCACGCUGACGCAAGAUUUUCAUACACGACUUGAUAAUUUAUUAAGAACUCUGGUACACGCGAGGCCUCAUUUCGUGCGUUGCAUUAGAAGUAACUCCCAAGAAUCUUCGAAUAGAUUCGAACGUACGACGGUUAUGCGACAAAUUCGAUCUCUGCAGAUUUUGGAAACGGUCAAUCUGAUGGCCGGCGGCUUUCCGCACCGAAUGCGAUUUAAGGCUUUCAAUACGAGGUACAGGCUACUCGCGCCCUUCCCUCGGUUGCAAAGAACCGAGGAGAAACUAAUGGAAGACUGUAAUUUAAUCUUAGAACACGUCAUCGAGUUAAUGUCCAAAGAGCAAAACGUCCAUGUUGCCACGAACUGGGCGAUCGGCAAGCGACACAUAUUCCUAAGCGAAAACAUAAGGCAACACCUGGAGAAGCUUCGAACGGAAACGCGCCAGAAGUCGGCAGUUUUGAUACAGGCCACUUGGCGCGGUUACAGAUUUCGGUGCAGAUGGGCGACCAUUCGAAGAGAAAAGGAAUUGCAAACCUCCACGAUUAACCAGUCGACGAUUACCCGCGCCACUAACAACGGGGCAAGACCGAGACCGCAACCGAUAGCCGGCACACCGCCCCCAGAUCCAAACGAGAAAUGUGAUAAUAAAAUUAUUCAGCAAACGUGUAACCUGUUCGGCUUGGAUGGAGCGGCCGCCUCCCGUUCCGCCGAGUAGAUCGUACACUGUCGCGGGCAACACCAAAUUGGGCUACCCCCAAACCCGCAUCAUGAAGAUGACCUACCCCGAGGAUGGGGGAGGAGACGGCGCCGUCCUGUUGAAAGGUGAGCCGGUACUCGUAGUCGGAGCUUCCC